UCAGUGUCUGAUGAGGAAUUUCCCCCACCAAUCAUUAUCACUCAAUUCUGCAAGUGGUUCUGAUUUACUAUCGCUGUUCUCUAGCCGGUCUAAAACCGCGUCUGACCUAAAGGGACGCUUUUUGGACGCCAUGGACGUUUCUCAGUUUCCAGGCAGAAAGAACAGUAACGAUGCAGGCAGGGCGCCGGACAAAGCACUCGGGACAAAAUGUAUGUGAAAUGGUUUGAUACAGGAAUGUUAUACGAUGUGAUUUUAGUGGAUUUACAAAAAUGUCAUUUUUUAAAAAUUUCAAAUUUCCCGCCGGUUCCGCCGCCUGAACGUUCCGACGUCACGGGGACCGGAACACGGAAGUCAGAUGCCGGCAUCCGCCGGAGGAGAUGGACGGGGACGCUGCAGGGGACACA